AUGGAGAUCUCAAUAACAAUGAGAGUUUUUGUCGUACUGUUUGCUGUAGUAGCAGCUGCUUCAGCAGCUUCUGUAGCUAUUGACUAUUUACCACCGGUGGCUGAUAAUAGCCUGCUAACCCAGGAGUAUAUCACACCGGAGAGUAGCGAAGAGCCUGCCCUAUUGGCUGAUGAUGGUUAUCGUUACAAAACUGUACGCAAAUUAAAAUUCAGACAUCGCCGUGAUGUCAGCGAACUUCCUUCCAGUGAAUAUUUGCCUGCUUCAGUAGAUGCUCGCGCAGAAGUUGCCAUUGAACCUGUUCCUGAAGUAAUUUCUGUUGCCGCACCUGAAGAAGAAAAAACUGAAUUGGCUGAGGAUGGCUAUCGCUACAAAACCGUUCGUCGUUUGAAAUACCGUCAUCGUCGUGAUGUCAAUGAAUUGCCCGCCAACAAAUACUUGCCUCCCACUGAAGUAACUGAAGAAGUUGUCGCUGUUGCUGAACCAGCUACUGAGGAUGUUUCUGUUGUAGUACCGGCUCCUGAAGAAAAAACUGAAUUGGCUGAAGAUGGUUACCGUUACAAAACCGUACGUCGCUUGAAAUACCGUCAUCGUCGUGAUGUCAAUGAAUUACCCGCCAACAAAUACUUGCCUCCCACUGAAGUAGCUUCAGAAGUUGCCGUAGAACCUGUUCCCGAAGUUAUUUCUGUUGAAGAAGUCGUUCCUGAAGAGAAAACUGAAUUGGCUGAAGAUGGUUAUCGUUACAAAACCGUUCGUCGCUUGAAAUACCGUCAUCGUCGUGAUGUCAACGAAUUGCCCGCCAACGAAUACUUGCCCCCUACUGAAGUAGCUCAAGAAGUAGUCUCUGUUGUCGAACCAGUUGCCGAGGAAGUUGCAGCUCCUGAGGAAAACACUGAAUUGGCUGAAGAUGGUUAUCGUUACAAAACCGUUCGUCGCUUGAAAUACCGUCACCGUCGUGAUGUCAAUGAAUUACCUGCCAACGAAUACUUGCCUCCUACUGAAGUAGCUCCAGAAGUUGUCUCUGUUGUCGAACCAGUUGUCGAGGAAGUUGCUGUUCCUGAAGAAAAAACUGAAUUGGCUGAAGAUGGCUACCGUUACAAGACCGUUCGUCGUUUAAAAUACCGUCAUCGUCGUGAUGUCAACGAAUUGCCCGCCAACGAAUACUUGCCCCCUACCGAAGUAGCUGAAGAAGCCGUCGCUGUUGCCCAACCCGAGGAAGUUGCUGUUGUAGAAGCCGUUCCUGAAGAAAAAACUGAAUUGGCUGAAGAUGGCUACCGUUACAAGACCGUUCGUCGUUUAAAAUACCGUCAUCGUCGUGAUGUCAACGAAUUGCCCGCCAACGAAUACUUGCCCCCUACUGAAGUAGCUCAAGAAGUAGUCUCUGUUGUCGAACCAGUUGUCGAGGAAGUUGCUGUUCCUGAAGAAAAAACUGAAUUGGCUGAAGAUGGCUAUCGUUACAAGACCGUUCGUCGUUUAAAAUACCGUCACCGUCGUGAUGUCAAUGAAUUACCUGUCAACGAAUACUUGCCUCCUACUGAAGUAGCUCAAGAAGCCGUCGCUGUUGCCCAACCCGAGGAAGUUGCUGUUGUAGAAACCGCUCCUGAAGAGAAGACUGAAUUGGCUGAAGAUGGUUACCGUUACAAGACCGUUCGUCGUUUAAAAUACCGUCAUCGUCGUGAUGUCAACGAAUUGCCCGCCAACGAAUACUUGCCCCCUACUGAAGUAGCUCAAGAAGCCGUCGCUGUUGCCCAACCCGAGGAAGUUGCUGUUGUAGAAACCGCUCCUGAAGAGAAGACUGAAUUGGCUGAAGAUGGCUACCGUUACAAGACCGUUCGUCGUUUAAAAUACCGUCAUCGUCGUGAUGUCAACGAAUUGCCCGCCAACGAAUACUUGCCCCCUACUGAAGUAGCUCAAGAAGUAGUCUCUGUUGUCGAACCAGUUGUCGAGGAAGUUGCUGUUCCUGAAGAAAAAACUGAAUUGGCUGAAGAUGGCUAUCGUUACAAGACCGUUCGUCGUUUAAAAUACCGUCACCGUCGUGAUGUCAAUGAAUUACCUGCCAACGAAUACUUGCCUCCUACUGAAGUAGCUCAAGAAGCCGUCGCUGUUGCCCAACCCGAGGAAGUUGCUGUUGUAGAAACCGCUCCUGAAGAGAAGACUGAAUUGGCUGAAGAUGGCUACCGUUACAAGACCGUUCGUCGUUUAAAAUACCGUCAUCGUCGUGAUGUCAGCGAAUUGCCCGCCAACGAAUACUUGCCUCCUACUGAAGUAGCUCAAGAAGUUGUCUCUGUUGUCGAACCAGUUGUCGAGGAAGUUGCUGCUCCUGAGGAAAACACUGAAUUGGCUGAGGAUGGUUACCGUUACAAAACCGUUCGUCGCUUGAAAUACCGUCAUCGUCGUGAUGUCAACGAAUUGCCCGCCAACGAAUACUUGCCUCCUACUGAAGUAGCUGAAGAAGCCGUAGAUGUUGCCCAACCCGAGGAAAUUGCUGUUGUAGAAGCCGUUCCUGAAGAAAAAACUGAAUUGGCUGAAGAUGGCUACCGUUACAAGACCGUUCGUCGUUUAAAAUACCGUCAUCGUCGUGAUGUCAACGAAUUGCCCGGCAACGAAUACUUGCCUCCCACUGAAGUAGCUGAAGAAGUUGUCUCUGUUGUCGAACCAGUUGUCGAGGAAGUUGCUGCUCCUGAGGAAAAAACUGAAUUGGCUGAAGAUGGUUACCGUUACAAAACCGUUCGUCGUUUGAAAUACCGUCAUCGUCGUGAUGUCAACGAAUUGCCCGCCAACGAAUACUUGCCUCCUACUGAAGUAGCUCAAGAAGCCGUCGCUGUUGCCCAAACCGAGGAAGUUGCUGCUGUAGAAACCGCUCCUGAAGAGAAGACUGAAUUGGCUGAAGAUGGCUACCGUUACAAAACCGUACGUCGCUUGAAAUACCGCCACCGUCGUGAUAUCAACUAAUUGUUUUAGAUAAAAUAUAGCUAUUUAGAUUAGUAUAAGUAUUUAGAUACUAAAACCUUAUUUUAAAAGUAUGUAUUCUGU